UAAUAGCUUUUUCCUCACCAUUCAAUCUCACUCACAAUACUAGUAGCAAAUUAAAAUCAAAUAUACAACAAAAUGUGUGACUGUAAAGAUGCACUUGCCUGCGCUCGUGAUCAUUUGCUUCCACUAGCCCGUGAUCAUUUGCUUCCAUUCUUGAAGGAAGCAUUCAACAUGAUUAGGGGUGUCCCAAAAGAAAUUGCAGAAUUGAAAGAUGAACUUGAAAGAAUUGAAGUCUUCAUCAACGAUGCGGAUAGAAGGGCUGAUGAUGUAGAAGACAAGAAAAUCAAAGACAUGAUCAAGCAGCUGAUAGAAGCAUCUUUUCACAUGGAAGAUGUCAUUGAUGAUUAUAUCUUUCUUGAGGAACAACAUGCUCCUGAUCCUGGUUGUGCUGCUGUUGCUACAAACUGUGUCAAAACUAUGGCUUUCCGUCUCCAAAUAGCUUACAAGAUUCAGAACAUCAAAUCCCGAAUAAGUGAAAUAAAUGAUACAAGAACUGAAAAAGAUCAUGGCUUCUAUAUCCAAUCUUCAUCGGAUAAAGCAUCAACUAGUUCUGCAACAAACAGAAACGCCUCACUAUUUCAGAACCUUCGAGACGCUCCACUUUACAUGGUUGAAGCUGAUGUUGUAGGAUUUGAUAAGCCAAGAGACGAAUUGAUUGAUCUUUUGGUAGCGGGAAGAGCAGACCGGACAAUUGUCUCCAUCUUUGGAAUGGGAGGACAAGGAAAAACCACUCUAGCGAAGAAAGUUUUUGACAACCCAAAGGUCGUAAAAUACUUUGAUUGUCGUGUAUGGAUUACGGUGUCUCGACCAUACAAUACAGAAAAAGUGUUGCGAGACAUUAUGCUCGAGUUUUACAAACAACAAGGGGAAGUUCCUCCUGAGAGUCUCCAUCAAAUGGAUCGAAAGUCAUUAGUUGAUGAAGUGAGAAACCACUUUCAAGGAAAAAGGUAUGUUUUAGUGUUUGAUGAUGUAUGGGAGUCACAUUUUUGGUCUGAUAUUGAAUUUGCUAUGAUUGAUAACAAAAAUAGUUGUAGGAUAUUAAUCACAACAAGAAAAAAGGAUGUUGCAAAUGCUUGUAAUAAAUCUUUUGGUAAAGUGCAUAAUCUGGAACGUUUAUCUGAAAAACAAUCUUUGGAAUUGUUUCUAAAGAAGGCGCUCCAUGGCUUGGACGGCAUUUUUCCUGAAUAUCUUAUUGAUAUAUCUUCCAAAAUUGUCGAAAAAUGCAAAGGAUUACCUCUAGCAAUUGUAGUCAUUGGUGAUAUUCUAUCUCGCACGGAUAGAAAUUCAAUAGAAUGGUCGAAGUUUAGUGAAAAUAUAAAUGCAGAGUUAGAGGAAUAUUCCAUGAUAAGAAAAAUUUUAGGACUUAGUUACCAUGAUUUGCCAUGCUACCUCAAGUCAUGUUUCUUGUAUUUUGGAUUAUAUCCUGAAGACUAUAUAGUUCGUUCAAAAACAUUGACUCGCCAAUGGAUUGCUGAAGGGUUCGUGAAAGAAGACAGGGGAAGGACAUUUGAAGAGGUUGCAGAAGGAUAUUUAGUAGAGUUGAUCCAUAGAAGUUUGGUGCAAGUAGUUUCAACUAGUAUUGAUGGAAGAGUAAAAAGUUGCCGCGUUCAUGAUCUAGUGCAUGAAAUGAUCCUUGACAAAUUUAAGGAUUUAAGUUUUUGCAAGAAUAUUUUUAAGGGCAAAAAUUGGUCUGCUGGAAUGAUUCGACGUCUAUCAAUAGCAUCCAAUUCUGAUAAUCUAAGGGAAGAUAUUGAAAGCUCAAGUAUUCGAUCAUUGCUUAUUCUCGAACCUCAAACAUCAGUUGAAUCCUUUGUGAGUAGAAUCCCUAGAGCAUAUAGGCGGUUGAAGGUGCUUGCUUUGAUUCAUAUGGAAUUGCUUAAUAUUCCUAAUGAUUUUGGUAGCUUGAACCACUUGAAAUAUUUUGCAUCCGCGGUGAUUAAAAUUAGAAGUUCUAGACUUCCAAAAUCCAUUGGCAUGCUCGUGAACCUAGAGACUUUGGAUUUAAAAUCUCCAAAUAUUCAAAAUCGUACUGUGCUGAAUCAAAUGAAUUUAAGAGAUGUAGGCUUUGAAUAUUGUAAUAUGCCCAAGGAGAUUUGCAAGCUUAAAAAGCUACGCCAUUUUAUAGGCUAUCAAAUGUCUCUGAUUCAGUUGAAGGAUGGUAUUGGAGGCAUGACAUCCCUACAAACUCUAAAUGAGGUUUAUUUAGACGAUGAUGAAGAUGAAGAUGAUAAUAGAGUGGUAGAGUUAAUAGAAGAGCUAGGAAAGCUAAAGCAGCUUAGGGAAUUAAGCUUGGUCGGUGUUAGGAGUAAAUAUAUGAGUGCUAUAUCUUCCUCAAUCAACAAGAUGCAACAAUUGGAGAAACUAAAUAUUAGAGGAAUCAGAUAUAACACAUUCAUUGAUAUGGAUUUGAAUUCACCCCCACCAAAGCUUCAACGUGUUAAACUUAUAGGGUAUUUAUUGAAAUUGCCUGAGUGGAUUUCAAAACUCCAAUAUCUCGUUAAGUUGAAGGUGACGAUUACGAAGGAAGGGAAUGAUGCAAUGAAAUUACUCAAAAGUAUGCCAAACUUGUUGUCCCUUGAAAUCUCCGGUGAUUUUAGUGUUGAAAACACAUUGGAGAGGUUACAUUUUGAAGAUGGAUGGUUUAUGAAUUUGAAGAACCUGGCUAUUUUUGAUUUCUUUAAGUUGAGUCACAUCCUUAUUGACGAAGGUGCAUUGGGUUCUCUGAGAAAGCUCACUUUGAAAGCCAUCCCCGAACUGAUGAUGUUACCAACUGGCAUUCAACACUUACACAAGCUUGAAGUUCUCUGUCUUCAUUUGAUGAGUUAUGAACUUAAACAGAGCAUUGCUCCUAAUGAAGGAAAAGAGCAUUGGAUAUUCAAGCAAGUGCCCUUUGUAGAAAUAAUAUUUUGAAGGUGAUGGCCAUCAGUGGAUUUGAGAUUCACAUUUCUUCAAGUGAACUUCUAGAUCAGCAUUGCUUCUUUCUGUUCUUGAUUUGGAACUUCCCUUCCUCAAUUUAAAAAAAGUGUUAUGUAUAGUUAUUUGUCAGUUUAUUCAAGAAAAUUGAGUUGUUUAAUAAUGAUGUAUAAUAUAUGUUGUGAGAUAUUUCCUUUGAAAUGAUUGUAAGAAAUUAAUAUGUUGUGUGAACUUUGCUUCUUCUACUGGCCUUUCUUCCUCCA